AUGCUAGCGACAGAAGUUGUGAUCCAAACCAUCCUCGUCCUCCUAACAGGCUUAGGCUUUGCUCUAGAACAUGGUCCUAGCUGCAUCAUGCCUUCAAAUCUCCUCGAGUACACGAACAAUCAAUGCUCCGGUACCCCUGCCGACCAGAGCUAUUCAUGCUUCAAGCGUGACAUCGUGGUCCAUUACGACACAAAGGCUGUAAAACUUGACAAUGGCCAGGGGUGCUGGUACGGCUUCUCCGAUUUUGACGGAACCUCAUGUAGCGGUACAAACUUUGGCAAAGAAUUUCCGAACUACUGCAUGAAAGUCCUUCAGCCUCGUCCAGAUGGCAGUGUCCUCAAGUGCUUCCGCUGGUCAGAGUCUUGCUAG